CACAUCGCUUGAUGUAUCCCUCCGCGCCGUUUUUACUUUUGGCUUUUAUUUGAAAUUCCAAUUGAGUUAUACUCAAAUAAAGCACUCGUGUGUGAAGUCGAGGGCGAUUGAAGAUGACACACAACUGUAAAGUCGGUGUAUUGUUUCUAACGUUUAUUUUCUUUCUCGGAUGAAUAUCUCUCAGCAUCCCAAGGAAGUAGUCCCACAGAGUGAGAGACUAGGGAGAUCACCUUAAGCUGAGCUUAGUGGUACGGUAGUCACAUCGGUCCACACACUUCCUCAUCCAGGCAAGAACUUCUCCAGUUGCACCAGUGACCGCCAUGCCUCAUCCAAAGAAUCCUGACAUGGGCUCUGCCUUCAUCCAGACACAGCAGCUCAAUGCUGCCAUGGCCGAUACCUUCCUGGAACACAUGUGCCUGCUGGACAUUGACUCUGAGCCCACCACUGCAAGAAACACUGGCAUUAUCUGCACCAUCGGGCCAGCCUCCCGUUCUGUGGAUAUGCUGAAGGAGAUGAUCAAGUCUGGAAUGAACAUCGCUCGCUUGAACUUCUCCCACGGCACACACGAGUACCAUAGAGACACUAUCAAGAAUGUGCGUGAGGCAUGUGAAAGCUUCGAGCCUGGCAGUAUCCAAUACAGGCCCAUUGGUAUCGCUUUGGACACCAAGGGCCCAGAGAUCAGAACUGGACUCAUCCAGGGGAGCGGCACAGCUGAGGUGGAACUGAUGAAGGGCAACAUGAUCAAGAUUACCUGGGACGAUGCUCACCAGGAAAACUGCAGCGAAGAGCUCCUCUGGCUCGACUACAAGAACAUUUCUAAGGUGGUAGAAAUUGGCAGCAAGAUCUACAUUGAUGACGGACUCAUUUCCCUGCAGGUCAAAGAGAUUGGUUCUGAUCACCUUAUUUGUGAAAUUGAGAAUGGUGGGACCCUGGGCAGCAAGAAGGGAGUGAACCUUCCCGGUGCUGCUGUAGAUCUUCCUGCUGUUUCUGAGAAGGACGUCCAGGACUUGCAGUUUGGCGUGGAGCAAGGAGUCGACAUGGUCUUUGCAUCCUUCAUCCGCAAAGCAGCGGACGUACACGCCGUCAGAGCGGUGCUGGGAGAGAAAGGCAAAGACAUCAAGAUCAUCAGCAAGCUUGAGAACCAUGAGGGUGUACGCAGAUUUGAUGAGAUCAUGGAAGCCAGUGAUGGCAUCAUGGUGGCCCGUGGUGACCUGGGAAUCGAGAUCCCCACAGAAAAGGUCUUCCUCGCCCAGAAAAUGAUGAUUGGUCGCUGCAACCGAGCUGGCAAGCCAAUCACAUGUGCCACUCAGAUGCUGGAGAGUAUGAUCAAGAAGCCCAGACCCACCCGGGCUGAGGGCAGUGACGUAGCCAACGCCGUGCUGGACGGAGCUGACUGCAUUAUGCUGAGUGGGGAGACUGCCAAGGGAGACUAUCCCCUUGAAGCAGUGCGCACACAGCACAUGAUAGCACGAGAGGCUGAGGCAGCUACCUUCCACAGAAAGCUGUUUGAAGAGCUGAGGCGACACUCCCAACUGACCAGAGACCCAUCAGAGGCCGUAGCUGUCGGAGCUGUUGAGUCGUCGUUCAAAUGUUGCGCUAGUGCCAUCAUUGUUCUCACCAAGACUGGGAGAUCUGCUCACCUGCUCUCCAGGUACAGGCCCCGUGCACCCAUCAUCUCCGUCACCCGUAACGCCCAGACAGCUCGUCAAGCUCAUCUGUACCGCGGCAUCUUCCCUGUCCUCUACACAAAGCCUGCCCAUGACGUGUGGGCAGAGGACGUGGACAUGCGUGUCAACUUUGCCAUGGAUAUGGGUAAGGCCAGAGGCUUCUUCAAAGAGGGGGAUGUUGUCAUCGUGUUGACUGGCUGGCGUCCAGGCUCCGGUUACACCAACACCAUGCGUGUGGUUCUGGUAGCCUGAACAUCCAACACAGCUGCUCUGCUUUCUUCCUCCACCUUCAUCUUUAUUUCAUAGCACUCGACUAGCACUCCAGCUCACAGCCCUUCUCAUCCAAGAUCUGGACUCAACUGCUGAAGAAUUUAGCAUUUAGAAGUUAGAAUAUAUUAUAUAGAGACUUCUUCAUAGCUAGAGAUUUAUUUUGGGUAAGAGUGGAGGCUUGUUCUAUACAAUUCCACUUAAUGUCUCCAUUCAUUUCACAUCAGUUCUCUCUAUCAAACCAGUCUGAAGGGCCUCAGUUAAACACACCCUGACCAGAAACUGCUGUAUUUAUUCACUCACACGUAUUGUAUUAAAAAGAGAAUCAGUUUGAGAGUGAAUACAUCCUGGUCUGUGUGCAUGCGCGUUCCGGCUUUUGUUUCGGUGGGGCUGUCGGUGGAGCAGGCUGAAUUUCACAGAGCACCUUUAAUACUGUAACACUUUACUGAUCACACUCCUCUGCCGGUAUAACGAACAAACUUGUGGCAUCCCAAAUAAAAAGGGCUCCUCGUUCAGUGCAGCCUUUGCUCCACCUAUCCACAGAAACAGAUCCUUGUGUAGUACUGUCUGUAUGAAGUGUCCUCUCUUAAAGCCAGCCCUCACUGUGUUAAUGUGUAUCUAUAAGUGUUGCACUCCUAUUCUAAACCAGACAAUGUUACAUUCAAUAUUAUACUUGACUUUUGUGAAUGGUAAAGUUUUGUCUCAGGACAUCCAACUCUACUUCUAUUUUGUCUGACUUUAGAGAAACAUUAGUUUUGGAUGUCCAUCUCGGAAUUGUUUGAUCUAGUUACUGUGUUUGUGUUGUUAGAUGUCUAAUAAAGCCUUUACUUUAAUUUGCUUUGGGUCAUUUUUAAGUUAGCACUUCUAUGAAUCAGGUAUGGUUCACUAACGUUGACUGAUGUUAAUGAGCACUUUUAGGAUUUUGUUCCCACAAGGGACCUGAAGUACAGACAUGGCUCUGCCCCUCUCAACCCUAGUGGGUGAGGGGUGGCUCCCCUCAGCUUGUAUUUCUCCUUCUGUGUUGAUGACCCACUGUAGUUAUCUCCAUGUGUCUAACAUGCUUUGGAUUGUAACGCUAGAGUGUAAGGAAUAUAAACAUGUAAAGGAGUCAUAUAAUGUAUCGCUGGUGUACUGAGUUGUCCUAGGACUGGAUUUCCAUCAAUAAAAGAGACGAGCACCUAUCUUA